CACCGCUGUCCAUCCAUCCGCCCUCUCCCAGCCCGCCCAUCCCUCGCCUUCGACCCGUCCUCACACCACAACAACCCUUGACCCCCGCAAUAUAGUAGAACAGGAGAAGCAAGCGCAAUGGCCCGAACAGUCACGUCCCCGAACCGCGCGGGAGGCCGGUCCUCUUUGAACGACGCUGGCCGUCCACGCGCUGGCCCAUCAGGAGGAGGAAAGACGAGCGGGAAGAAUACGGCUAGGAAGAGUACGGGUGGUAAAGCUCCUAGACGGAGUGGGCCAUCAAACCCUGCUCCCGCGAGACCGAAUGACCCAGCACCUCGCAAGAAACAUCGUUUCCGCCCCGGUACCGUCGCUUUGCGUGAAAUCAGGCAGUAUCAGAAGAGCACGGAUCUGCUUAUUGCCAAAUUACCAUUCUCCCGAGUCGUGAGGGAAGUAGCGAUGGAUGUGGCUUCGGCGGAUGCUACGGAACUGAGAUGGCAGAGCUCGGCGAUUAUGGCGUUGCAAGAAGCAGCAGAGGCGUUUUUGGUUCAUCUGUUUGAAGACGCCAAUCUCUGUGCCAUCCACGCCAAACGAGUCACUAUCAUGCAGAAGGACAUCCACCUAGCACGACGGAUCAGAGGACAAUGGGCUGGCUUGGGAUGAGCGAAGGGUUCUUUGGGUGUUGGCGUCAUUUGGCGGUUUUCAGUGCGCAGGAGUCUCGCUGGCUUAUGGACGCUCAGACUCUACAUUGGAGGAUACGUGGUCAAGAAGGGAAAAGGGAAUUAGGAAGAAGUUUUGUGAUUGUUUGGUCUUUUGGUAAUAUAGGAUAUACCCCAUUUUUGGUACGGACGAAGUACCUUGUCGAUUUAGCCCCUGUGGUAUAUAGUAUUUGU